GCGGAGGCGGCUGCGGCGGCGGGGCGGCUGAGGGGGCGGCUGCGGCGCCUUAAAUAGCCUCGCCGACCCGCGCCGGGAGGGCUGUGGGCUGCGGUGACGGCCCCAGCGGGGAGAAUUCAGCUUAGAGACCCACUGACACAGGACAAUGCAGGCCCAUGAGUUGUUCCAGUAUUUUCGAAUGCCAGAGCUGGUUGACUUGCGACAGUACGUUCGCACCCUUCCAACCAACACGCUCAUGGGCUUCGGAGCUUUUGCAGCACUCACCACUUUCUGGUACGCCACGAGACCCAAAGCCCUGAAGCCACCAUGCGACCUCUUCAUGCAGUCCGUGGAAGUGGCGGGUAGUGAUGGUGCUCGAAGAUCUGCGCUCCUUGAUAGUGACGAGCCCUUGGUGUACAUCUACGAUGAUGUCAGAACAUUAUAUGAAGUCUUCCAGAGGGGUAUGCAGGUGUCAAAUAAUGGGCCUUGUUUGGGCUCCCGGAAACCAGACCAACCGUAUGAAUGGCUUUCAUACAAGGAGGUUGCAGAAUUGUCAGAAUGUGUGGGCUCGGCGCUUAUCCAGAAGGGCUUCAAGGCCUCCCCAGAUCAGUUCAUUGGCAUCUUUGCUCAAAACAGACCUGAGUGGGUGAUUAUUGAACAGGGAUGCUUUGCUUAUUCCAUGGUGGUGGUUCCACUUUAUGAAACCCUUGGAUCAGAAGCGAUCACAUACAUAGUCAACAAAGCUGAACUCUCUCUGGUUUUUGUUGACAAGGUAGAGAAGGCCAAACACUUAUUAGAUGGUGUAGAGAAUAAGUUAAUACCAGGCCUUAAAAUCAUAGUUCUCAUGGACUCCUACGGCAGUGAUCUGGUGGAACUCGGCAGCAAGUGUGGGGUGGAAAUCAUCAGCAUGAAGGCAUUGCAGAACCUGGGAAGAGCCAACAGACAGAAGCCCAAGCCUCCAGCACCUGAAGACAUUGCAGUAAUUUGUUUCACAAGUGGAACUACAGGCAACCCCAAAGGAGCACUGGUCACCCAUCAAAAUAUAAUUAGCGUUUGCUCAGCUUUUGUGAAAAUAACAGAGAAUACAAUCCUUCCUUGCCCAGAUGAUACUUUGAUUUCUUUCUUGCCUCUGGCCCAUAUGUUUGAGGCAGUUGUAGAGUGUAUAAUGCUGUGUCAUGGAGCUAAAAUAGGAUUCUUCCAAGGAGAUAUCAGGCUGCUUAUGGACGACCUCAAGGUGCUUCAACCCACUGUCUUUCCUGUGGUUCCCAGACUGCUGAACCGGAUGUUUGACCGAAUUUUUGGACAAGCAAACACCACACUGAAACGGUGGCUGUUGGACUUUGCGUCCAAGAGGAAAGAAGCGGAGCUUCGUAGUGGUAUCGUCAGAAACAACAGCCUGUGGGAUAGACUCAUCUUCCACAAAAUACAGUCGAGCCUGGGAGGAAAAGUCAGGCUGAUGGUCACAGGAGCUGCGCCGGUGUCUCCCACGGUGCUGACGUUUCUGCGAGCAGCACUUGGCUGUCAGUUUUAUGAAGGCUAUGGACAGACAGAGUGCGCUGCCGGCUGCUGCCUGACUGUGCCUGGAGACUGGACAGCAGGCCAUGUUGGUCCCCCAAUGCCUUGCAGUUAUGUAAAGCUUGUUGAUGUAGAAGAAAUGAAUUACGUGGCUGCCCAGGGCGAGGGUGAGGUGUGUGUGAAAGGGGCAAAUGUUUUUAAGGGCUACUGGAAGGACCCAGCAAAAACAGCAGAAGCUUUGGAUAAAGAUGGCUGGCUGCACACAGGGGACAUUGGAAAAUGGCUGCCAAAUGGCACCUUGAAGAUUAUUGACAGGAAAAAGCACAUAUUUAAACUAUCACAAGGAGAGUACAUAGCCCCUGAAAAAAUUGAAAAUAUCUACAUACGAAGUGAACCUGUUGCUCAGGUGUUUGUCCAUGGAGAAAGCUUGCAGUCAUUUCUCAUAGCGAUUGUGGUACCAGAUGUUGAGACGUUAUGUCCCUGGGCCCAAAAGAGGGGACUAGAAGGAUCCUUUGAAGAGCUGUGCAGAAAUAAGGAUGUCAAAAAAGCUAUCCUAGAAGACAUGGUGAGACUUGGAAAGGAUUCUGGUCUAAAACCAUUUGAACAGAUCAAGGACAUCGCCCUACACCGUGAAUUAUUUUCUGUUGACAAUGGCCUCCUGACUCCAACAAUGAAGGCUAAAAGACCAGAGUUACGAAAUUAUUUCAGGUCUCAGAUAGAGGAGCUUUAUUCGACCAUCAAGGUCUAAUGGGAAGAAGAAAGCUUGAAAAAAACCAAGCUGCACACCUCCACAAUCUCUUCUGCUGGUUCUUCUUCUGCUGAUGGCUUUUAUUUGGUAAUUGUGACUGCAGCAAACACAGGGAAGGAAACGCUAGUGUUUGACUUGUCCACUCGGGGUUCUUGUCCUAGGACUGUUAGAGGACAUGGAGCACUGCCUUGCUGUCCCCUCGUGUUGCCGAUGAUGUUUAUAGUGAUAAAUAAUUUCCAAAAUGAGCCUUAAAAAUUGUAAAGGGGAAACCAUAAAUGUGCUGAGUUAUUUGAGAUUUCUUCAGUUAGAAAGGUGUGUGUUAAAACCUGUCUCUCUGUUUUUCUAACCAAGGGGUUUAGGACUUUGCCAUUUCUGAGAUGUCCGCUACUUGCUGCAGAUUCUGGAGUCUUCUGCUGCUCUAGAAAGCACAGCCCUGGAGGGACGGUGUCCUUUAAAAACAGGAAGCGUCCAGACUGGCGAGUACCCAAGUGGACCAGAGAUUGCUUUAAGCCCUGCCCCCUCCCCCCCAACACUCACAUGUUCUCCUCCCCAUCUCAUGCACUCAAACAUCCCAUCCCCCCACACUCACACAUCUCCCUCCCCAUCUCACACACAUUCAUGCGUCCCCUUCACCCCAGCACACACUCACACACACUCACACGUCCCCCUCCCCAUCUCAUGCACUCAAACAUCCCAUCCCCCCCACACUCACACGUUCACCUCCCCCGUCACAUGUACUCACACAUCUCCCUCCCCGUCUGACACACAUUCAUGCAUCCCCUUCCCCCAGCACACACUCACAUGUCCCCCUCCCCAUCUCAUGCACUCAAACAUCCCAUCCCCCCACACUCACAUGUUCCCCCCCUCACAUGUACUCACACAUCCCCCUCCCUGUCUCACACACACUCACACGUCCCCCUCCCCAUCUCAUGCACUCACGUGUCCCCUCCCUGUCGCACACGCAUUCACACGUCCCCCUCCCCAUCUCAUGCACUCAAAUAUCCCAUACCCCCCACACUCACACAUCUCCCUCCCCGUCUCACACACAUUCAUGCAUCCCCUUCCCCCAGCACACACUCACACACACUCACACGUCCCCCUCCCCAUCUCAUGCACUCAAACAUCCCAUCCCCCCCACACUUACACGUUCCCCUCCCCCUCACAUGUACUCACACAUCCCCCUCCCUGUCUCACACGCACUCACGUGUCCCCUCCCUAUCUCACACGCAUUCACACGUCCCCCUCCCCGUCUCACAUGCACUUACACAUCCCUUCCCUGUCUCACACACACUCACACGUUCCCCUCCUCCUGUCACACACUCAAACAUCCCAUCCCCCCACACUCACAGGUCCCCCUCCCUGUCUCACAGGCAUUCAUGCGUCCCCUUCCCCCCAACACACUCUCACAAGUCCCCCUCCCCAUCUCAUGCACUCAAAUGUCCCACCCUCCCCACACUCACAUGUCCCCCUCCCUGUCUCACACGUAUUCAUGUGUCCCCUUCCCUGCAACACGCACACAUCCCCUUCGCCAUCUCACAUGGCGCUCACACAGUCCCCUUCCCCCACACACACACUUACAGGUCCCCCUCCCCGUCUCACAUGCACUCACAUGUCCCCCUCCCCAUCUCACACGCAGUCGCAGUCGCAGUCACACGUCCCCCUCCCCGUCUCACACCCGCUCACAUGUCCCUUCUGAUUAAGGGCCUGGAGGUGUAUACUGUUCUCCACAGUCCUGUUGGAGCCUAAGGUUCCCUGGAAGCUGAAGGACAGAGCCAGCUCAGAACAGUGCAGGUGCUGAGGCUCAGAUGGACAGACACUCAUGAGAGCAAAGG